GUGCGCUCACAGCGCAGGCGCUCGGGGCUCGGCAGCCUCCAGACACCAGCUGCGGGACGCGGCAGACGGCUGAGGCGCGGGAGCUGCGGAAGGAUGGAGCCGCUGAAGGUGGAAAAGUUCGCGACCGCCGACAGGGGAAACGGGCUGCGCGCUGUGGUCCGUCUGCGCCCAGGAGAGCUGCUCUUCCGCUCGGAUCCCUUGGCGUACACGGUGUGCAAGGGGAGUCGGGGCGUCGUCUGUGACCGCUGCCUCCUCGGGAAGGAAAAGCUGAUGCGCUGUUCUCAAUGCCGAGUUGCCAAAUACUGUAGUGCUAAGUGUCAGAAAAAAGGUUGGCAAGACCAUAAGCGGGAAUGCAAAUGCCUUAAAAGCUGCAGACCCAGGUAUCCUCCAGACUCUGUCCGACUUCUUGGCAGAGUUAUCUUCAAACUUAUGGACGAAACACCCUCAGAAUCGGAAAAACUUUACACAUUUUAUGAUCUGGAGUCAAAUAUUAAAAAACUGACUGAAGAUAAGAAAGACGGCCUCAGGCAACUUGCAAUGACAUUUCAGCAUUUCAUGAGAGAAGAAAUACAGGAUGUUUCUCAGCUGCCACCUUCUUUUGACAUUUUUGAAGCCUUUGCAAAAGUGAUCUGCAAUUCUUUCACCAUCUGUAAUGCGGAGAUGCAGGAGGUUGGUGUUGGCCUGUAUCCCAGUAUGUCUUUGCUCAAUCACAGCUGUGACCCCAACUGUUCGAUUGUGUUUAAUGGCCCCCACCUCUUAUUGCGUGCAGUCCGCGGCAUCGAGGCAGGAGAGGAGCUCACCAUCUGCUACCUGGAUAUGCUGAUGACUAGUGAGGAGCGCCGUAAGCAGCUGAGGGACCAAUACUGCUUUGAGUGUGACUGUUUGCGAUGCCAAACCCAGGACAAGGAUGCUGAUAUGCUAGCUGGUGAUGAGCAAGUAUGGAAGGACGUUCAAGAAUCCCUGAAACAAAUUGAAGAACUGAAGGCACACUGGAAGUGGGAACAGGUUCUGGCCAUGUGCCAGACGAUUAUUAGCGGCAACUCAGAACGGCUUCCCGAUAUCAAUAUCUACCAGCUGAAGGUGCUCGACUGCGCCAUGGAUGCCUGCAUCAACCUUGGCCUGCUGGAGGAGGCCUUGUUCUACGGCACUCGGACCAUGGAGCCCUACAGGAUUUUUUUCCCAGGAAGCCAUCCCGUCAGAGGUGUGCAAGUAAUGAAAGUUGGCAAACUGCAGUUACAUCAAGGCAUGUUUCCUCAGGCGAUGAAGAACCUGAGACUGGCUUUUGAUAUUAUGCGAGUGACACAUGGCAGAGAGCACAGCCUAAUUGAAGAUUUGAUUCUACUCCUAGAAGAAUGUGAUGCCAAUAUAAGAGCAUCCUAAGGGAACCCAUUCCAGGGACAAAUGGCUUUACCUUUAGUGAAUGCCUUAUUGAGGUCACACACGGUAUGCUUUGUUUGAUGUGUGAACCUCUCCUAUUGGAAAUGCUGUUCUGUGUUUAUGUAGGUAAAUAAGGGCAGACAUAUGGUUUGUAAACCACAAGAAUCAUUAGUUAUAGAGAAGCACGAUUAUAAUAAAUUCAAAAAUGUGGUCGA